CUUCAACUCCGUCCGGACCGGGAGUGCAGGAACAGAAAACAUCUUCCAUCAGCAGCUACUAGGCUGCCUGGCUGAGGAAUUUGCAGCCUUGAAGUGACAGUAUAUAAAUGCAAUCAAUCAAUAGGCGUAUCCACCUGAUGGUGAAAUGAAACACCCUCAGAUUGUGCUUGAGUACAGAUAAUAUUUAAGUGAAUGAAGGUUACUAGCACCUUGCAGUGUUCCUCUUCUGUCAAAUAUCCAUACAAGUGCAUCUCUUGGGGAUAUUGGAAGAUGGGAAAAGAAGAAUAGGAUGGUUUAUCCUCCACAGCAACCAGGAGAACCUCGAAGACCUGCAGAAAUAUACCACUGUCGAAGACACAUUAAAUACAGUAAGGACAAGAUGUGGUACCUGGCAAAACUGAUACGAGGCAUGUCCAUAGAUCAGGCACUAGCUCAGUUGGAAUUCAAUGACAAAAAAGGAGCAAAAGUGAUAAAAGAGGUCCUUCUGGAAGCCCAAGAAAUGGCGGUGAGGAAGCAUAAUGUAGAAUUUAGAUCCAACUUACACAUUGCUGAAUCCUUCUCUGGAAAAGGGCACUACCUGAAAAGGAUCCGUUACCAUGGCAAAGGCUUUUUUGGCAUUAUGGACAAAGUCAAGUGCCAUUACUUUGUGAAAUUAGUCGAAGGCCCACCUCCACCUCCAGAGAAACCAAAGACUGCUUUAGAUCACGCAAAGGAAUAUGUGCAGCAGCUGCGUAGCCGAACUAUUACUAACACAUUGUAAUAUUCCCCACUGCGUUGUUCCCUUUUUUGUGAUAACCAUGUAAAUAAAGUACAUUUUAAAAAUCA